GAAACAUGAAACAUGAAACCUCGAGGGAGGUAUCUUGCAGUGUGCAUUACAGAGUCUCUUCAAUUCCAUAGGACACUGUCACUUCUGUCGGCUCCUUAAUGACUAUUUAUUUAUUUAUCUGUCUCUUAAAUUAAUUAGUAACGUUUUCUUUCUAAGUUUUCUUCUCUUCUCAGUUUCUUCAAAUGCUAUCUCCACCUGUUCCUUUCGUUGUUGUUGGCAUCAAACGUUUGUGGUUUUCCUACUUUCACUGUUUCCUUAUGGGAAAGCGUGCACCUUGAAGAUUCUGAUAUUGGAAGUCUGUGCUUUCUGAAGUAUUGAUUUUGCCGUGAUGGGAAGACAGAGUCCUGGAAAAUGGAUCAGAAACUUGCUUCUGGGGAAGAAAUCGUCGUCAAAGUCUAAGUCUUCAAGAGAGAAAGAUAUUUAUAAACCUUCAAGUACCAAGGAUGUUCUGGCGGUGUCUUCGGAGACAUCCAUGUCUUCUUCCAUAUCUGGUGCAAAUGCUAUUAAAGGAAAACUAUCAGAAAAGGAAGUAAUUAGUGUAUCAUCAAAUGAUGGGAUCAUUCUUACAACUGAAGAUGAGCAUGCCAAUGGACAAUCUCAUGAUAAUUUUUAUUCUGAGGACCGUAAUGAGAAAAGCAGGCUAAUAAAAACAGCAAUAAUAACAAUUCAGGCUGCAAUUAGAGGAUAUCAGGCGCGAGGGACAUAUAAAACUGUAAAAGAUAUCAUUCCACUGCAAGCUUAUAUUCGUGGCCAGUUGGUUCGAAGACAAGCUAUUUCUGCUUUGUAUUGUGUGAAGUCAAUAGUAAGAUUUCAAGCAUUGGCCCGUGGUUACAAGGUUAGGCACUCUGAUAUUGGCCUUGCAGUCCAGAAACUUUUGAAGGAUACUAAAUUCUCGAAAUCUACUGGAGUAGUUACAUCUACACAGGCAGUGAAGCUCUCAGAUAAGACCUUUGCUCACAAGCUUCUGGCUUCAUCACCCUAUGCUGUUUCUCCACGUCUCAAAUAUAAUACUGGUGAACCUAACUUGGUUUGGGAAUGGCUUGGCCGUUGGACGAAAUCACACUUUUGGGUACCUCUUCAAGAAGCGCAGAGAUCUGAUUCAGUGUCUGAUAAGAAAAAUGGAAGUUCUCAAACUGUAGAAACUAAUAAGGGACAAGUUAAAAAAAAUGCCAGGAAAGGAACUCCUCAUGAUUUAGUCUCAGAUUCCAACAAACAUAAACGGUAUCCAAAAAAGGAUUCAAACCCCGCAUUGCAUUCAGCUAAGGAACAUCCACCAAAGGAACUUGAGAAAAGGAGUUCUAAAAAAUCUCAAAUUCAGAAUGUUUCUGAUAAGUCGGAGGCUUCUGAUGAGAAGAGAAGACUCAUGGUAAGAAAAGUUUCAGAUCAUACAAAAGUCAAUGAUGUUCCAGAGGAGGAUGCUGGUGCUUCAUCAGAGAAGAUGAAAUAUUUGGCAGUGUCAAAGUCAGAAGAGUGUGAUCUUGGGAAAAGUCUUAUACAGCAAGCACAAGAGCAUGAUAAUAAUGAGCCAUGUAAUGGUACUAAUUCUCCCUUGCAGCCUAGUUUGAUGAAUAGUAAAGAUGGAGGAGUGAUUGAGGAGUUGAAUGAUGUGAAGAGUAAGAAUUUCCAGAGAAGAGCUUCCCUGCCUGCUAAUUUUACAGAUCUUGAAAAUGUGUUGCAUGAUAACACUCCAAGACUUCCAAGUUACAUGGCUCCCACUGAAUCUACAAAAGCUAAGCUAAGAGGACAGUGCUCUCCACGGUCUGUUAGUGAUCUGGCAGAUGUAAGCAGAAUAACUCGCCGGCUUUCGCUUUCAUCUUCGCUUAGUGUCAAGCUAGGUUCAUUCUCUCCACGAUCAGAUAGAUUGGCUGCCUUGACCAACAAGAUAAGGACUGACAGAUCUCUAUCAUCUUCAAGGGAUGGAACUCAUAAGUUGAAUCAACCUCAGUGGAGAAGGUGACGCUACAUUAUCCUUCAGAUCAAAGAUGCUGCAAGGAGGUCCAACAGAUAGUGAAAUAUAUGCUGACUUUUCCCUUCUUUACUCAUAAUUCUUAUCUAUGAUCAUAAAUAUUGAUGGAUAUGUCUUGUAAUAAGAGUCUUUGUAUCAAUUUAUUUUAUGUAUGAUACUAUGAAUAUGUUGGUGGGGCUGUAUUUGUCAUAUUGUACUCCUCAAAAAAGGGUUUCAAGGAGAUGAUUUCAAAUUCUGAGAACACUUUCGGAUCAA